AUGGAGGAGCAGGGAAAUUCCUCAUCUAGCAGCUAUGAAGAUGCCCAGGACAACGGAUACUCGCGAAAGGGUCGACGUUAUGGCCUUGUGAGCGAUUUCCUCGCCAGGCUUGAGCACUUCACCUGGGCUAAUUACACAUUCCCCAUGUCCACCGGAGGCCUUGCUUUACUAUUAGCAGAACAAACUCAGGGCUUUACGUUCCCGGGCCUUCAGACAAUCGGAAAAGUAGUUUAUAUAUUUGACCUUAUUGCUUUCACGCUUGUCACGGCCGCCAUUACUUAUCGCUUCGUCAAGUUCCCUGGUACUCUAAAGGCCUCAAUUACCCAUCCAACCGAAGCGCUGUUCCUCGGAACAUCGACCCUUAGCGUAGCAUCUAUCAUUGCCGGCAUUGCUCGCUAUGGAAUUCCCUCCUGUGGACCGUGGCUUGUCACGGCGUAUAGAGUCUUAUUCUGGAUAUACUUCGUGACCACAUUUGCAAUCGCGGUUGGCCAGUAUUCUCUACUCUUCACCUCACCUCUCCUGAAAAUUCAAGAUAUGACUCCAGCUUGGGACCUUCCUAUAUUUCCCUUCAUGUUAUCUGGUACCGUUGCCUCGUCAGGCGCCGCUUUACAACCGCCAAAUGAGGCCGUCCCUAUGAUAGUUGCCGGCCUAACUGCCCAAGGUCUUGGGAUCUAUGUACGACGGAUGAUACAGUGGGGAUUUCCAUCACCUAAUUCACGACCCGGCAUGUUCAUAGCGGUUGGGCCACCUUCAUUCACCGGCCUCGCUAUCAUCGGCCUUGCGAAUGACUUCCCACAGCACUAUAAUUACUUCGGCGCCGACUCUAUUACUGUCCAGAUUCUACGAGUGCUAGCAACUACCACGAGCAUAUUCCUCUGGUCGCUUAGUUUAUGGUUCUUCUGUAUCUCCGUAGUGGCUAACCUUGCCAUCAGAAAGCAGCUAACGUUCCACCUAAAUUGGUACGCCUAUGUGUUCCCAAACGUUGGGUUUACGAUUUCAAUCAUUGCUAUCGGCAAGAACCUGCAAAGUCGAGGGAUUAUGGGGGUUGGCAGCGCAAUGACUCUAAUGCUGGUUGCGAUGUGGAUCUUCGUGUUUAUCCACCACGUAAAAGCUAUCAUCAACCAAGAAGUGCUGUUUGAAGGUAAAGACGAGGACGUCUAUGUUAAUGAGAAAAACCACGCCCACGUCAAGCCUACGAAAAGCGGCAGCGACAUAGAGAAGGAGGCAUGA